GUACCUCCCUCCAUCACCCUGUAGAAGUAUAAUGAUGCGUUGAUCAUCAACGAGGAUGCCAGGACUAAGGAUGCGUUAGAGUACCUGUCAGCUUUCAUACAGCAGGUGAAGAACGCAGGUCAUGACGAGACGGAGAGACAACUCACCGCUUACUUCGAUGGUCAGCAGGGUGUACUGCGGGGUUUGUCCAGCGGGGGGCAGACGGACAAUCCUAAGUUAGAGAUGUUACAAUACAUCCUGGAGGAACAGUAUCGACAGAAUGAUGAGACCAAGUCUGUGCUGUUCGUUAGGACACGGGCCCUCGCAGACGCCUUGAAGAGCUGGAUGGAGGAGUCUGACUCUCUGAAGUUCCUGAAACCAGGAGUACUGAUUGGGAGAGGACGCAAGUCCAGCCAGCUGACCGGCUCAGGCAUGACGCUGAACUCGAAGAAAGGUGUGCUGGAUUCCUUUAAGAGUGUUGACAAUCAAAGCAAGAUCCUGAUCGCUACUUCGGUGGCCACGAGGGCAUCGAUAUCCCACAAUGCAACCUGGUAUUGAUGUACGAAUACGUUGGCAAUGUGGUCAAGAUGGUCCAAGUCAGAGGUAAUCAAUCAAUGCAUCAAUCAAUU